AUGGCCUCGAAUCCAUAUUAUCUAUCUUCAGAGGGGUUUAUAUAUGACCCAAUCCCUGCCGAAGACGGCCGAUGCCCAUGCCAUGUCGAGCUUUUGCACAAAUCGCUACUCGACUUUUCAUGCCCACAGCCUAGGGGCGCGUUCUUCAGAGAUUCUGCUCGGCUGAAUUCCGUUCUGGUAGACACUGAAGGCAAGAAAGCUACUGACAUCAGACUUAUUCCGUCAAGCAUCAUCCAGCAAGAUGCACAGGACAAAGUAUCGCAAUCAUCAGACACAGAAGCGUGGAUGAAGUUUUAUGAGGGCCAUUUCUUCAGCAAAUUGACAACAUCGAUGUUGAAUCAGACAGAUAGAAGAAUAUCCUCUCGAGCUCAUUUCUAUUAUGACGCAGUAGUACUAGAACGAAACCGGAACCGAAGAUGGGAUGUCUUUUGCGAAAAUGAGGUUCAACUUGCCGAAGUCUCCCCUACGCUGCCCUCUUUUGCCUUUUUCCUACCUAUAUACGAAACCACAAGCAAUCUGAGCCCAAUUCGUCCCAAAGUCGAGCAAUGGCCAAGCCCGCCCGACCCAGCAAGUGCUGAGCCCUUUACAUGGAGCACAUUGUAUAGAUUGAGCGCUCAAGGAUUGCGUCCAUUUCCGAGAGCUGAAGACAUGGCCACUGCUAGCUCGUCGCCAUCCAAACUGCGAUGUUAUCCAUGGCUCAUAGCUGUGACGUGCGAUGAUGCAGACGGGUCGUCACUGGAAGCAGUACGGCAAGCGUCUGAAGCGACUACGUCUGCGCUAUUUAUGCAAAGACGUCUAACGCAGUACUCUACCGCUCUCAAAGACCAAGCCCAUGUGUUGCCUAUCCCAGCCAUGACUGCGCUUGGUCCGGACGUCACGAUAUGGAUUGCGUACUAUGCCAAAGACUUUGUACAAGAGAAGCACCCCAAAUCUUUUGUUUCAUCGGACGAAGAUAUACAUCACGGCGCAUGUAUCCUGCAAGCCAUCUGGAAGGGGAAUAUGACGAUUCUAAGAGACAUUAUUUUGCUGGAUAUGAUCCUGGAAAAUAUCUACACCUGGGCCAUGCGCGUGUUUAAACCAUGCGUUGCGACAUAUAUCAAUCAGUGGAAGUUUUGUCACCCGCAGGAGGACAGGCGAGAAAGUUCGGCGUCCACUAAAGUCACUGUUGAAAGUGUCCAAGCGCAGCAUUCAGAACGCAAUCCUCCUCCCAGUGUGGGCAGCACAAACGAGAUUGACUCUCUUUCGCAGAAGCACGCCUAUAAGCUUUCUACAUUGGAGCGGGAGAAGUUGUUAGAGGAUGUUGACAGGCUCGUGGUACAAAAGGUUCAAGAGUUGAUUAAAACUCUUGGUCUCACCCUACCAUCGGCGUCGGCAGGCAUGACAGUGGAAGCUGGAAUGGAGACUACCAAGGCAUCGAGCAAAGUCUCCGAUCCGACUCUUCACAUUAGCGACGCAAUGGAAAUGGAUCAACCUUUCGAAUCAACGGCAUAUCGCGUGCCUCUCUGGGGCGGUUCCGGCGAGAGUAUAUGCGUUUCCACACCUUUCAAUGCAAUUCCAGUUAUAACUUCGACAGAUUCAUCCACAGCCCUGGAAACAGAGAGGGAUGAUUUACCGACGCACAGACGACCCAGAAGUUUCUCCAGCAUUGGUCUUGCGUCUACUACGACUUCUUCCUCUAACGAUGCGGGUCUGCGUGUCAAGUCUGUACCCCAAUCUGGCAGUCAUCUGUCGCCGAAUGUUCCCGGGUUUACUCUACAGCGUCCAGCGUCUGCUGACGGGUCGUUUCCACGGACAGACGCGGCAAAUGAGAAGCAUCUUCUUACUGCCGGCCAUGCUGAAUCAAAUUAUCGACUUCCAAGUGGUAAUUUCUUUGGAUUAGUCAACAUGGGAAAUCUGGGGGACGGCCGGGAAGCAGCGGAAAGCGUGUUUAAUCAUGUCGCUACAGUUCCUGUCGCGUUGUUGAAUAGGACUGGCUAUGCGUUGAAUAGUUCGCGGCCAAUAGUUCCAAAUUCUGGGGCGAAAAAGAGCCUCGGAGCGGACGGCGGCAUGGAUAUCAGUGAUAGAAUGGAGAAGCUUCAUUUCGCCAAUCGCCCAUAA